AUGGUUAGUAAAAAAACAAUAGAAGCUAGAAAGGCUUACUAUAAUGAUGAUGUAGUUCGUUCAAAAGAAGCUCAUGACUUUUAUCACAACUUAGAUAAACAUGGUGAAAAUCACAAUCUUGAUAAGGAUAAUUUAAAAACAAUAAUAUUUGGAAGUUUAGAUGGUAUAAUUACUAUAUUUGCUAUAGUAUCAGGUUGUGUAGGGGCAAAAAUUACUCCUACUCAAGUUAUUAUAAUAGGUAUAGGAAAUUUAUUUGCAAAUGCUAUAUCAAUGGGAUUUAGUGAAUAUACCAGUUCAACUGCACAAAGAGAUUUUAUGUUAGCUGAAAAGAAAAGAGAAGAAUGGGAAAUUGAAAAUUGCCCAUCUGAAGAAAAACAAGAAAUGAUUGAUAUUUAUAUGAAUAAGUAUAAAUUUGAUAGUGAAGAUGCUAGAAAUUUAGUUGAAAUAACUUUUAGAAAUAAAAAUUUCUUUCUUGAACAUAUGAUGUCUGAAGAAUUAGGUUUAAUUGUAACUAAUGAAGAUAAAAGUGAAUGUUUAAAAAAAGGAAUUAUCAUGUUUUUAAGUUUUGCUGUUUUUGGUAUAAUUCCAUUAUCCGCUUAUGUUGCAUAUACUGUAUUUUUUGGAUAUUCGGAUUAUACUACAUCCUUUUUAGUUGUCUUUUUUUCAACACUAACAACUUUAUUUAUACUAGGAUUGUUCAAGUCGCAAUUUACUAAUCAAAAGCCUAUUACGUGUGCCCUUUAUAUGGUAUUAAAUGGAAUGAUUGCAGGAAUGGUACCUUUCCUAUUAGGAGUUGUACUUAAAAAUAACAUUUCCGAAUAA